AUGGUGAUUCUCUCUGAGCUCACCGAUCAAGAAAAAGAUCUGGACGAAGAAAUGUCUGCCUUUGAUUUACAUGCACCUAUUUGGAAGGACAUUGUUCCCGUCCCGCAGAACGAUGGACCUGAACCACUAUGUCCCAUCUUGUACGACCCACAGUAUGUCAGGGCCAUGAGCUUGUUCAGAGCACUAAGAGAAAAAAAUGAAGGCCAAAUGGAAGUAUCAGAGCGCGCACUGGCCCUCACGGACAUGUUAGUCCAUAUGAAUCCUGCCAACUACACAGUAUGGCAGUGCCGUGCGCAUGUCUUGAUCCAGAUGGCAUUAUCAGGGCAGGAAAAUGACCGCUUGUACAAAGAGCUGGACUUUCUUGACACGUUUGCAUUAGUGAAUAUGAAGAACUACCAGGUCUGGCAACACCGGAAAUUGAUUGUGUCCAUAUUGGGUGACCCGUCUCGGGAACUUGAAUUUGUUUCAUCGGUGCUUAAUCACGACGGGAAAAACUACCAUACAUGGGCGUAUCGUCAAUGGAUUCUCGCGCAUUUUGGGGGACUCGGCUUACGAGAUGAAAGCGUUAGUGCCGUGGGAGCCGGCCAAUACCCGCACUUUUGGGCUUCAGAUAUUGCCUAUGCUGAUAAAAUGAUACAAAAUGACGUACGAAACAACAGUGCAUACAAUCAUCGCUGGUACUGCAUCUUUGGGCGUGCUAUGCAUGGACGAAGCGAGCUGCCCGCUGAAAUGGAAGAGGUCCGCGAUGCAGAAAUCAACUACGCACUGGAGAAAAUUGCGAUGGCCCCCCAUAAUGCAAGUGCUUGGAAUUAUCUUCGAGGAUUACAUUUGGCACUCCAACCAAAGCGCGCUCUUUCGUCAUUAAACGAGCGCAUCCGUGAAUAUAUCGUCGACCAGGAUCAGGGCGAUGCGGCUCAGCUUCCCGAACAAGAUCGCCCUUGCAAAACACCACCGUAUGCUCUGGAAUGGCUUUUUGACAGCUGCGUCGAAACAACAGAGCAAGACGCUAUGAGUAAGGCAACACGAUUAGACCUUCUCGCUCGUCUUCGGCGUGCCGAUCCCACCAGGGAAAAGUACUGGUUGUAUCGUGAACAGACGUUGCCAUAG